AUGGAUUUUAACUCAAUCAUUUUUUUCUGCUACAGAUCAGCUCAACUUAUUGCUCAGUAUCGUCCUCGAGCAGUUAUUAUGGCCGUAACACGAUCUUUAAAAACAGCUCGACACAUGCAUUUACAUCGUGGUUGUUGUCCGGUUUAUAUUGCCCCUACUCGAAAUACAAAUUAUGACAAAGACGGAGAACCUCUAUUCAAACAACAUCAUAUAUCAGCAAAUCAAGCAUUAUCUAUGAGUGAGUGGUUACUUGAUGUUGAUGCUCGUGUUAUAGAUGCCAUAAAACUUGGUAAAGCACGUGGUAUUGUUUCAACUGGUGAUGCAGUUAUUGUUCUAACGGGAUGGCGUCCUGGUUAUGGAACUACAAACACAUUACGUAUCAUCUAUUCAGAUUAA